AUGUCAAAGCCCGACCACGAGUCGCUGAGCUAUGCCGACGAGGAGGCGAAGCGCAAGAAGAGGAUGAAGUGGACGAUCGGCAUCACCGCCUUCGUCAUCCUCCAGGUCGUCCAGGCCCUCUUCUUCGUCCUGGUCAUCAUGAAGUUCAAGUCACCCAACUUCAGGGUCGCCGAGUUCGAUGUCCAGACCUUGAACGUCGGGACUCAGGCCUCGCCCUCGUUCGACAUGAGCUUCGUCGCCCCUAUCCGGAUCAAGAACACCAACUGGGGUCCCUUCAAGUACGAUGCAACUGCAAUCGACUUCACUUACGGAGGCGUUCAGGUUGGGCAAGCGACGAUUCCAAAGAGCAAGGCCAACUUCAAGUCCACCAAGAAGAUCGAUGUGAGCGUGAGCUUGAGCUCCAGUGCUUUGACUAGCAGUUCGAAUCUGGGGAACGAAUUGAGCUCGGGACUCAUAACUUUGAACAGUCAAGGAGAGCUUAAAGGGAAGGUCACGGUCAUGUUCAUGUUCAAGAAGACGAAGACAUCCCAAAUGAAUUGCACUAUGGCUAUCGAUACGACAACAAAGGCAGUCCAAUCCUUGUCAUGUAAAUGA